AUGCCUUCCUUACUUCACGGCUUAGAGAUUGCAAAGCACAACUCCAAGGAGUCCUGCUGGGUCAUUGUUAACGGUAAAGCCUAUGAUGUAACUGACUACUUGGAGAAACAUCCUGGGGGUUCGGCCAUCAUAUUACAAUACGGAGGCAAAGAUGCUACAGCAGUUUAUGAACCGAUUCAUCCACCUGGCACGAUAGAAAAGGCUCUUCCCAAGGACAAACACCUUGGUCCAGUGGACCCUGCCACUGUAUCUACGGUCGCAUCACCUCAAGUUACCCGCGAUCUUGACAAGACCGCCAGAAUACCAUUGUCACACUGCAUGAAUCUGGAUGAUAUAGAGAAAGCUGCCGAGCGCAUCAUCAAUCGAAGCUCAUGGGCCUAUUUCCAUUCUGCGGCCGACAGUCUUGGGUCUUUGGAUAAUAAUCGAGAUGAUUGGAAAAAGGUCACUCUCCGACCACGGGUCAUGCGGAAUGUUCGCCGCGUCAACAUGCAGAGAACGAUAUUGGGCCAAAAAAGUCGGCUACCAUUCUUCAUUGCUCCAGCAGCACGUGCAAAACUCGUUCAUGAGGACGGUGAGCUAUGUCUUACUCGGGGAGCAACAAAAGCGGGAAUUCCUCAUUGUCCAAGCACCUACUCGACUAUUCCACACAAGGACCUGGCAGAGUGCCUGAAAGCACAGAAGGGCAACGGAGAGUACGGUGCCCUAUUCUUCCAGCUCUAUGUCGCCCAUGAGAAAGCGCCCACGAUCGAGCUUAUCACCAUGGCACGAGAGCUAGGCUUCAAAGCCCUCGUGGUCACGGUAGAUUCACCUGUCGUUGGAAAGCGCGAAGAGGAUGAACGAUACCGUGCCGAACUUGCAACCGCUUCAGGCGACGACUCAGUAUUGACGGAAUGGUCCAAACCGCAGGAGAGGGAAGACGGUCCUCCUCUGCGAGGGCACCACUCCUCGACGUUGAAUUGGGAUGACCUGCCGUGGAUCAGAGAAGCAUGGCAGAACGCGGGUCCGAUCGCAAUUAAAGGAAUUCAAACCGCUGAGGAUGCACUUCUUGCUGUCCAGCACGGUGCAGAUGCGAUCUAUCUUAGCAACCACGGCGGUCGGCAAUGUGAUGAUGCGCCCAGUGCGAUACGGACACUGCUGGAGAUCCGACGAUUCUAUCCUGAAAUCCUGGGCAAAGUCGAGAUCAUUCUAGACGGAUGGGUCAGGCGAGGUGCAGAUGUGAUCAAAGCACUGUGCCUAGGUGCAACUGCAGUUGCCUUGGGUAGACCGUUCAUGUAUGCUGUUUCAAUGGGUGAUGAGGGAGUCUUGAAAGUCAUCCAGUUGUUGAGCGAAGAAAUAGAAACAACCAUGCGAAACAUGGGCGCGAAAAGUCUCGACGAGCUCAAUCCAUCAUUUGUCAAUGCCAAGAGGCUGGAGUUAGAGUUGCCGGACGAGUUAGAUUUCAAUCAAGCUGCACUGAAGGCGAAGUUGUAA